AUGUCUACCAAUUUCGAAAAGCAUUUUGAAGAAACCGUCGAAGGUUCAACUUUGGAACAAUUAAGAGAUAUCUUAAUUAACAAAUCUGGCAAGAGUGAAUUAGCGAACAGAUUCAGAGCUUUGUUCAACUUGAAAUGUGUUGCUGAAGAAUUUGCUAAGGAUCCAGUUGCUGCUAAAAAGGCUGUUGAUUAUAUUUCCGAAUCAUUUGGUGAUUCUAGUGAAUUAUUGAAACAUGAAGUGGCUUAUGUUUUAGGUCAAACCAAGAAUAUGGAAUCCUGUCCUGUUUUAAGAGAAGUCACUAUUGAUCAAAACCAACAAUGUAUGGUUAGACACGAAGCAGCUGAAGCUUUGGGUGCUUUAGGUGAUGCAGGUUCAUUAGAAUUAUUAGAAAAAGCUGCUGUUGAAGAUCCAGCUUUAGAAGUUAGACAAACAUGUGAAUUAGCUGCUGCUAGAAUUAAAUGGCAACAUGGUACAGAAAGGGAAAAGGAACAUUUACAAAAAUCUUUGUACUCUUCUAUUGAUCCAGCUCCACCAUUAGCUUUACAAAAAGAAUAUAAGAUUGAAGAAUUAAAGAACAUUUUAAAUGAUCAAUCACAACCAAUGUUUGAAAGAUACAGAGCUAUGUUUAGAUUAAGAGAUAUCGACACCGAUGAAGCAUGUUUAGCUUUGGCUACUGGUUUCAACGAUCCAUCUGCUUUAUUCAAACAUGAAAUCGCAUACGUUUUUGGUCAAAUGGGUAACCCAGUCAUUGUUCCUCAUUUAGUUGAAGUUUUAGCCCGUAAAGAAGAAGCUCCAAUGGUUAGACAUGAAGCUGCUGAAGCUUUAGGUUCCAUUGCAACUGAAGAUGUUUUGCCAGUAUUGAAAGGUUACUUGAACGAUGAUGUUGAUGUUGUCAGAGAAUCAGCUAUUGUUGCAUUAGACAUGUACGAAUACGAAAACAGUACUCAAUUAGAAUACGCUCCAGCAGCUUAA